UGAUCCUGAUCCCUCCUCACGUAAUGUGUUGCUCAUAGCAUCAAAACUUCAAGUCCAUGUUCGUGACCGGGAUUCAAAUCAGAGCUAUAAAGAUCUGAAGACAAUCAACACUUCCAAAAGUCACAGUUUAGGGGCCGAAAGCAGCGACAUUCAGUGUCAAAGACUCCCGGACUGUCUGCAGACGGGCUCAGCUCCACAGAUGUGCAGCACCGCUGGAGGUUUCAGCACUCACAGUGACUCAUUCGUGCGCAAUGACAAUAAACAGACAAGGCUUGCUUUAAUUGUCCGCAUAUCAAGCCUUCUUCAACAAAAGCAAGGUCACCUUGUGGGAUCUAUAGCGGAGCACUGAAGUACAGAAAUAGUCCUUCUCCUUUUUCUUCUUCUUCUUCUUCUUGGAGUAGCACGGCAGUCUCUUCUUCUGGGAUUAAUUGGUGGUAAAUUCGUUUUUGUUCAACCCUUUUUUCUUUCUUGAUCUGCACCUGUUCACCUGGAGCCACACACACAUAAGAGAGAUUUUGGGGGCAUUCAAGGGGGAAAAAAGAGUCAGGCUUUUUGAGGUGAGGACUUUGGCACAGGGUCUCGGGAGUGAUGGCGGCGUCUGCACCCUCCUCCUCCUCCUCUGGCGGCGAACCGGAUCCAAACUCGACAAAUUUACGACCACCGGGCUCAAGCUAUGAUGCUUGGUGUGGAGUUGCCCAUGGAUGUACUAGAAAAUUGGGAAUGAAAAUAUGUGGAUUUUUGCAGAAGAACAACAGUCUGGAGGAGAGGAGCAGGAUUGUGAGUUCCUUCAAGGAGCGCACAGCCAACAUGCUCUCCUGCGAUAACGGAGGCGGGGAGGCGCAUUUCAGACGCACAGAGACCGACUUCUCCAACCUGUAUGCCAGAGAUCUGUUGCCUGCUAAAAAUGGAGAGGAGCAGACCAUGCAGUUCUUGCUGGAAGUUGUGGAAAUCCUUACCAACUACGUUCGGAAGACCUUUGAUAGAUCCACCAAGGUCCUGGACUUCCACCACCCCCACCAGCUGCUGGAGGGCAUGGAGGGCUUCAACCUGGAGCUGUCCGACCAGCCCGAGUCCCUUGAGCAGAUCCUGGUGGACUGCAGGGACACCCUGAAGUACGGAGUGAGGACAGGACAUCCCAGGUUCUUUAACCAGCUGUCCACUGGAUUAGACAUUGUUGGGUUGGCAGGAGAGUGGCUGACCUCCACAGCCAACACUAACAUGUUUACCUACGAGAUCGCGCCUGUCUUUGUCCUCAUGGAGCAGCUUACACUGAAGAAGAUGAGAGAGAUCGUUGGCUGGAGUGAUGGAGAGGGUGAUGGAAUAUUUUCUCCAGGAGGAGCAAUCUCCAACAUGUACAGCGUGAUGAUUGCAAGAUACAAAUUCUUCCCUGAAGUAAAGACCAAAGGCAUGGCCGCCGCACCGCGACUGAUCCUCUUCACCUCAGAGCAUAGCCACUACUCAAUCAAGAAAGCCAGUGCAGCUCUGGGAUUCGGGACAGAGAACCUGAUUCUCCUGAAAACAGAUGAAAGAGGAAGAGUCAUUCCUGCGGAUUUGGAAGCCAAAGUAAUAGAAGCCAAGCAGAAGGGGUAUGUUCCCAUGUUUGUGAAUGCCACGGCUGGUACCACCGUCUAUGGAGCCUUUGAUCCCAUCAAUGAAAUUGCAGACAUCUGCGAAAAGUACAACAUGUGGCUUCAUGUGGAUGGGGCGUGGGGGGGAGGUCUGCUCAUGUCCAGGAAACACAGGCACAAGCUCAAUGGAGUCGAGAGGGCCAACUCAGUCACCUGGAACCCCCAUAAAAUGAUGGGAGUGCCUCUGCAGUGCUCUGCCAUCCUGGUCAGAGAGAGGGGGUUAUUACAAGGCUGCAACUCCAUGAGUGCCGGGUACCUCUUCCAGCCAGAUAAACAGUACGAUGUCACAUAUGACACAGGCGACAAGGCCAUUCAGUGUGGACGCCAUGUUGACAUCUUCAAGUUCUGGCUCAUGUGGAAGUCAAAGGGAACUGUGGGAUUUGAACAACAUAUCGACAAGUGCCUGGAUCUGUCAGCAUACCUCUACAAUACAAUCAAAAACAGAGACGGCUAUGAGAUGGUAUUUGAUGGAGAGCCGCAGCACACUAAUGUGUGUUUCUGGUAUCUUCCACCAAGUCUGCGCGGAUUGCCUGAUGGUGAAGAGAAGAGGGAGAGGUUGCACAAGGUAGCGCCAAAGAUCAAGGCAAUGAUGAUGGAGUCGGGGACGACGAUGGUGGGUUACCAGCCUCAAGGAGACAAGGUGAACUUCUUCCGCAUGGUCAUCUCCAACCCCGCCGCUACCAGGUCAGACAUCGACUUCCUGAUCGAAGAGCUGGAACGACUGGGGAACGACUUGUAAGAGCACACCUGAACCCUUCUCCCUCGACUAAGCCAUGACCUUGGCUUCAUGUCUCUUGUGUUUCAUAAAGACGUUGACAUUUUUGCUUACAGGUCUUAUUUGGCAAUGCACAACAACAACAACAAAAAAUGCCUUGUGUGUCUCUUUGUUUGUGUCUUCUGUCUUUAGCAGCAAUGACAUAAUAUUAAAGAAAUGUGCACACAUGGUUAUCUGAGUUAAAAGGACACAAGUCAAAACUGGAAGAGAAUCACAAAAGCACACUGGUAUUCUUGCUAAAUCAUAUAUUAAGACAAGAAAACCCCAAUAUGAUGUCUAUUAAGUGCAAAAUAAAGAAGUUACCUUUCAUGGGAAUAUGAUGUAGCAAGAAUAUAUGAAAGAUUCUGUUGAUAAAAAUGUAAUUUAACUGUUGUUAUUUAUUAAAAAAUCAGUUCUAGAAACAGAAUGAAAUCCAGAUAUUUUUUCACAGUCACAGAGCACAAUGUAGGAAACCUUAUAGCAUUGAAAGAAACAGUAUUAAUGUCAAAUAUAUAUAUAUGUAUAUGAUGUACUGACUGUUGGUGCUUCAUGUCGUCUAUAUAAUUACAGAGCCUGAUGCACCGCCACAUUGUACCUUCCCUGUUAUUUCCCUUUGAUAUUCCAUAGGUAGAACAAAACUCCCGACUGUACCUGACUGCUGUGUUUUUAGAGAUUUUUGUGUAGAUUGUGUAUAGUAUUGUUACAUUGCCUUUGUGCCAAAUGUGUCCUAGUUUUACGGUGAGAAAAUCCUAUGUGUAAAUGGACAACACAGUAUAAGUAUGUACUAGAUGAAUCACUUUAUUUAUACCCAGAGAUUAUAAUUGUGUAUAGGUUACCUGCUGUCCAUCUGUAGUGUAUCCUUUAUUUUCCUCUUGGGAAGCUGUAUUAUAUCACAAUGUUUGAAUUUACAUUGUAGUCUUUUAGUGUAUUGUGAACCAAAGAAGGGUUGCAUCUAUGAACACAUUCACAGCCUUUAUUCUCCCUUACAGACACUUAUGUUAGAAAAUGUAACUUAGGGCCCUUAACUUGUGUGCAAUCUAUGUUGUGUAAGUGUGCAAUGUCCUUGUGAUUCACUGACUGAAUGUUGUCAUGACAGAAGGAGGAGUGCAUUGUUAUUGAUGAAGAGCACAAUGCUGGGGCAGCUUUUAUUCUAUGGACAUAUGAUUGUCUGUAAGUGUUAAGUGAAGUUUAACUAUAAUAUGCAAAGUUCUGUUCUGUCUUAACACGCUCUCUAUAGGCACACUCUUAUGUUAGAAAAACAAUCUGUGAAGCUUUAUUUAUCAUUGAGAAUGCAGUGUUUGCUACUAUAUUGAGAUUGGUUUAUUUAUUGAACAAUUGUACAUUCCUGAAUUAGUGGGAUGAAAAAUCCCUUUUAAAUUAAAUGUAGGCACUUUAACUUUAUGCCAUUGUUUGCAGAGUUUUACUGUAGUAUCCACAGCACUAAUAAAGACAUGAGCUGUAGAUCAUCAGUGGGCACCGUUUUUUUUUUUUUAAUUGUGUAAAAGGACAAAUGCUCAAAUAAAGAUAUAUAUGGUAAACACA